AUGGCGUUCGACGCUUCGCGUCGUCUAUGCCGCUUCGACUCGCCCACCGCCGUCGUCGACCCUGAUGAGAAUCCGCGUCUCGUCGACGACGUAGAUGCGGGGGCGGGGCACAACCGCUCCAUCAUGAGGUGCCUCGCCCGCCUGGUCAUGGUGAAUGCUAAGCUGUACCUCACUUCUCUCCUCCCGUCACCUCUCCCGGCGGCCGCAACAUUCUUCUGGCUGUCGAAGGCCAACCAUCCCCGGCGCUGCAAGCUGGUGAGGAUUAUGAGCGCGCCGGAUGCCACCCGAAUCGACUCCGAGCAAGGCGUCGCGGCCCCUCCAGCUACCGAGCAUCCAUCCACUGCAGCCGCGGCACCUCCAGCUCCUCCAUCCGUUGGCAAGCUGUACCACCGCCCCGACCUCGACCUCGACCUCGCUGGCCACGAUAGCGAACAUAUCGGCGAGGCCUCAUCCGCGGCGCCGUCAAUCGCCAUCCUGGAAGAGUUUGUGAAGGAAGAAAUCACGGCGUCUCUGGAGGAGAUAGUCGAAGAAGAGACCAAAGCGGCGCCCACCUCUACCCCACAGCGCGGCGCCACCCCCUCCCACAUCUGGCGAGGCCCUGUUUCACAGCCUCUAGCAAAUGGUCACCAGCAGCCGCAACCGCCUCCGCCCCAGGACCAAGCAUUGGCUGGUGCCGCUCAGGGAAAUCCACUUGCUGCUUCACAUCCUCCAGCACCUGCGGACCCGAAUUCAUCAGCACUGCAGCCGCAGCCGCCUCCACCCCAGGACCAAGCAUUGGUUACUGCGGCUGCGGUUCAGGGAGGCCAGCCUGCUCCCAACCCUCCAGCUCCUUCUGCUGUUGCUAAUGUCAAUCCUAACGAUAGGAAUUUCAAUUGGGAGCUAGGCCAUCUGGAUAUCGCGUCGCAGGCUCUGAAUACGCUAUACCAGCGGAGGGACGAGGCUACCAAGGAUUGGCACCCGGAGAGGAAAGUGCCUUACACAUGGGCACUCAUGUCAGGUUUCGUUGUGGUGGCUUUUGGCGUGCUAGCUUCUACCGCCUCUAUUGAUCGGUCUUUCAUUCGAGGCGUGGCUUCUGCUUGCGCUCGACUGUCCUCCAUAGGGGCAACAUUUAUGGUGGAGUACGUUUUGUCGGAUACAGUAGGCCACCUGCGCGGGUUUAUAUUCGGCGGCGUCACGACAGCUUUUACGCUUGUGCUCUGGCUAGCGGGAAACCCUGAGGACCGGGCUAUUUUUUUCAGACUGUUGCUCCUCAUCCUGAAGAUCUUGUUUUACUAUCCUGGAGUUGGUCUUGUCAUUGUAUUUCGCUGCAUUGGCGGUUGGAUUAAAGCAGGUUUUAGUAAAGCAAAAAAUGGAAUAAAGAUUGCAGCAGAGAAGUCCUACGAUGCUGUCAAGGCUUACCUGGUACAUCCACCACCACCAGGACAGGGGGCAGGAGGUCCAGCCAAUGCGCGGGUUGGCCCGUAG